AUGGCAUCUACCGAAGUUGGCGAGCUCAAGAUUGAGAAUACCAACAUCAAGACGGCACCCGGUGUCGAUCUGUCCGCCAACCAGAAGACUCUUGUCGGCAGCGUUUUGGACCUCUUCGCUGGCCGACCAUCCCUGGCCAAGCUCCAGCUCUGGAAAGACGAUGGCGAGUUCGUCGACCCAAUCACCAUCUCCAGAGGCCGCAAGCAGUUCGAAGCACAAUGGUACGGUCUGCAAACAGCAUUCUCUGAGAUCGAGAGACUCCAUCAUGAAGUCACCAACGCGGGUAACCCAAUCGAGUUGGAUUUGAAGACACGCUACGUUGUCAAAGGCAUCAACAAGGAGCAAACAAUCCAGAGCAAGGUUCUGAUCCACACGGACGGUGACAAGAUCUCGAAAGUGGAGGACAAGUGGGACGGCAAGCUGCCAGAUAGCAGCAUCACGAAUGCUUUCCGUCGUCUGAACGCCGUGACCGUGCCCAACCUUGUCGGCGUGCCGAAGAACGCGGAGGAAGAUGCGAAGAGGGGCAACUAG